GGAAAUUGCCAAAAAUAGGUUAAAAAAAGAGAUUUAAAUGAAUUUUGGGACAAGUUUUCAAAAGAAAGACUUUUAGGACAAUUUGGGUGUGAAUAGACAAAAAUGCCCUUCAUUAAAUUUCUAUCGCUCUCUAUUGAUUGUUUCGCCUACCCACGUUCGCUUUCCCUUCUCUUUCGCAUAGAACACCUGAAGUAAAAAAAAAAAAAAACAUCUCCUUUCUUUGGCUUUUCAAAUUUCCCGCUCUGCUCUUCGAAGAUACUCCGACUGUUCGUCUGUCGUCGGUCCUCCAGUGCAUUUCGUCGCUUCUCCUUUUCGAACCUAAGAAUCAACUUUGAGCGUGUUCUCUUAUUUCAGUGAGUUUUAUCUGUAACCCAUUUUCAAUAUAUUUGCUUUUUCUUGGCUUGAAUCAUGACAUCGACUUCAACAUCGACCGACGGACCCUUCUACAAGAUUAAUCCUUCCCAUCAUUUUUAUUCCCUAGUAAGCUGUUUGUCUCAUUUGGAAAAGACAACACAUAAUAUUAAGGCCAAACUCAAACCCGAUCAAUUAGCCUUAUUUAGGAAAACAAAGUUUGGGCACUUUUUGGACCUAAAUAUUGUCUUCAAUGGGCCACUCAUCCACUACUUACUGUUAAGGGAGGUGGAAGAUGAAGGAAAGGAUUCUAUAAGUUUCCUACUAGGGGGCGUUGUUUGUACUUUCGGUAGGAGAGAGUUUAACAUCGUAACUGGACUAUGGGGUCCUAAAGAGGACUAUAUUCAGUUGGGUGGGAACAGUCGACUGUUGGAGAAGUUUUUCAAAGACAAGGACUGUGUUUACGUUAGCGACUUAGAAGAUAUAUUUUUGGAAUACGAGGGUGAUGACGAUGAUAUCGUCAAAUUAGCUUUAGUCUACUUUAUAGAGAUAUCUUUGUUGGGAAAAGAUAGGCGAACCAAAGUGGACAUUGGUUUUUUGAAGAUUGCUGAUGAUUGGAAUUCAUUUAAUAAUUAUGAUUGGGGUCGGAUUGUUUUUGUACGCACGCUAAGUGCAUUGAAAAGAGCCUUGGACAAGCAAUAUGCCAAGGGAAAGAAGAAAUCAACACAGACAAAAAAAUAUACUAUCAAUGGAUUUCCGCAUGCAUUACAGGUUUGGGCAUAUGAGUCUAUACCAACCAUCAUUGGAUGUGGUGUAGAUAAAGUAAACGAUCAUGCCAUACCACGAAUGCUGAGGUGGGUGUGCCAACAAUCACCAAAGUCCCAAACUAUAAGCCAGGUGUUUGACUCGCCAAUGGUAAGUAGCAAGCAAUAGUAACUUACUUAAGGAUCGCGUGAUUUUGUGCUUAUUUCUUUGUCCUAAAUACAUUUGCCUUUUUCUAUUUGCAGUUUAUAAUUA